GCAUGUGAAUUAGAAAUAAAACAUUUUUCUAACGCAUAUUUUGGAGGUUUAGUUAAAUUAGGACUAAGGUUUGAACCAGUUAGUGCAUUGGUUUAGCUGCUGCGAGUGGGACACCUAUUGGCAAGCCGAAAAAACACUUGCAAGUCGCGUCCGUGGCAUAUUUCAUUCAUCGAUUGGCCCGAAAUUCGUUUCGAAGUGCUACUUUUCGCAGUUUGGCAGUAUUGUUUGCAAGAGGACGUGUUUUUUAGUGGGUCACCGUCGUACUCAUCAUAUCGUAGCUUAGUUCCAGUCCAGAAAUGAGCGAGGUGCCGGAGAGCAGUAAAAAGCGUCUGAAGACGUGCCUACAGGUGGCGACGAAUGUGACCGAGCAGAAGCACCAUGUCACCCGGGAGACGCGCGGCAAGAAUCUGGGCCUGUGCCGGGGCUUCCGAGGAUGCACCGUGUGGCUGACGGGCCUUAGUGGUGCUGGAAAGACCUCGAUUGCCUUCGAGCUGGAGGCCUAUCUGGUGUCCCGGGGCAUUCCGGCCUACGGACUGGACGGCGACAACAUCCGCACCGGACUGAACAAGAACCUGGGCUUCACGCCCGCCGAGCGCGAGGAGAACAUCCGCCGCGUGGGCGAGGUGGCCAAGCUGUUCGCCGACAGCGGAGUGGUGGCCAUCUGCAGCUUCGUGUCCCCCUUCGCCGACGACCGUGAGAUGGCGCGCAAGAUCCACAAGGACGCGGGCCUCAAGUUCUUCGAGAUAUUCGUGGACACACCGCUGGACGUGUGCGAGACACGCGACGUGAAGGGACUCUACAAGAAGGCGCGCGAGGGCGUCAUCAAGGGCUUCACGGGCAUCACGCAGGAGUACGAGCGUCCUCAGAUGCCGGAACUGGUGGUCAAUACCCACGGCUAUACGGUGCGCGAGUCCACGCAAAAGCUGGUGACAUUGCUUGAGCAGGAGGGCAUCAUUCCGCGCUCGCUGCGCGACGUGGACCAACUGCCGGAGCUGUAUCCCAGCGAGUCCAUUGCCACGGAGGCACUGCGCCACGAGGCCGAGUCGCUGCAGGCCAUCGAGAUUAGCACCGUGGAGUUGCAGUGGGUGCAGGUGCUGGCCGAGGGCUGGGCCUAUCCACUACGCGGUUUCAUGCGCGAGGACGAAUACCUGCAGACGCUGCACUUCAACACACUCCAGAGCGGCAUGGAUGGCUCGUAUCGCGAGAACCACUCGGUGCCCAUUGUUCUGAGCGCAAGUCAGGCGGACAAGGAUCGUCUGGAUGGCUCCUCCUCGCUGACCCUUAAGUACCAAGGCAAGCCGGUGGCCAUUCUGCGUCGCCCGGAGUUCUACUACCAGCGCAAGGAGGAGCGCCUGGCCCGCCAGUUCGGCACCAGCAAUCCCAAUCAUCCGUACAGCAAGCAGGUCUACGAGUCCGGCGAUUAUCUGGUCGGCGGUGAUCUGGCUGUGAUCGAACGAAUUCGCUGGGAUGAUGGAUUGGAUCAGUAUAGGCUGACGCCCAACGAGCUGAGGUGCCGGUUCAAGGAGCUCAACGCCGACGCCAUUUUCGCCUUCCAGUUGCGCAAUCCCAUCCACAAUGGGCACGCCCUGCUCAUGCAGGACACUCGCCGCCAGCUGCUCGAUCGCGGCUUUAAGCAGCCGGUGCUCCUACUCCAUCCUCUGGGCGGCUGGACCAAGGACGACGAUGUGCCGCUCGAUGUGCGCAUGAGGCAGCACCAGGCCGUCCUCGAUGCCGGGGUGCUGCGCCGUGAGGAAACUGUGCUGGCCAUCUUCCCCUCUCCUAUGAUGUACGCCGGUCCCACGGAGGUGCAGUGGCACGCCAAGGCGCGCAUGAACGCCGGCGCCAACUUCUACAUCGUGGGACGCGAUCCGGCGGGCAUGCCGCAUCCGGACAAGGAGGCAUACCCGGAUGGCAACCUGUACGACGCCACCCACGGAGCACGAGUGCUAAAGAUGGCCCAGGGUCUGGACAGCAUGGAGAUCCUGCCCUUCCGCGUUGCUGCCUAUGACAAAAGCGCCAGCAGAAUGGCUUUCUUCGAACCAAAGCGCAAGGAUGAAUUCGAGUUCAUCUCGGGGACUAAGAUGCGCACCCUGGCCAAAACAGGGGCCAGUCCUCCGGAUGGUUUCAUGGAGCCGGAGGCGUGGCGCAUCCUGUCCACUUAUUACCAGAACCUGCCGCAGGCGUAACCCGCUGCCAACAGACGACCAGCAACGUGCAAUUCCUCCUAGUUAUAGCUUAUGUGCUUAUUAUACAUGUUCCCACUCUAUGCCCAGCUUAUCACUCAACAUAUUGUCUGUCCAUUGUUAUUAACCCAAAUCCGGGCCAGUCCCUGUGUGUGUGAAUGUUGUGCUCCUCCUAAUUAAAUGUUCGUAUCGUACAAUCUAUUUGUAUCUACACUUAAGUCACCAAUUCUCUGUUUAUCUUAAGCAAAAUGUCGUGCAGCUAUUUUGUGGACGGUUUUUUAAAUACAUAUACAAAUAAUUAUUUAGUAUCAGCA